AUGAGAAUCCACCUCCUCGCCAUCCUUGGCAGCGCCAUCUUCUCCACCCUACUCGCAUUCCCCACCGAUCCACCGGUCACCUGUCCGCUAGACCUACCCACAUAUGACAGCCCAACCACCGAAUCCCUCCUCUUAACUAAUAACAACAACACAGCCGACAACAACAUGCUCGUCCGCGUCGCAGUCGAAGGCACCGCAGUCGUCGACAUGGUAUGGCUGCAACCCACGCACCCGCUCUCCCUCCCCUCCCUCUCCUCCCUCCUCCACGCCACCCAACUCGACGUCUGCCAGCACAUCUGGCGCGAAGGCCCCGUGACCGCCAUCAAAGUCGGCUACAUCCACGAAGGCGACGACGGCCUGGUUUUCUACGCGUUCAGUAAGAAGGAUCAGAUUAUGAAUUGGAUCACGAUGUCGAAUGCGAUUGUGGGGUUCGUCAAGCUGAUGGUGAAGGCGCAGAAGAAUAUGGAAGCGAGCUUUGACGUGAUGAGUCAGGAGGUGGUGGUGGGGGCGGGGUGUAUUGGAAGGAGUUGUCGGGGGCCGAGGGUGGUGGAGGUGGAUGGGGCGACGGAGUGA